AUGGCGUCGAUUCUUCGUUCGACAAAGGGAUUGGUUGCCGUGGUAACAGGAGGUGCUUCUGGACUAGGCCGUGGCACCGUGGAAACUCUUGUCAAGGCGGGGGCUAACGUCGCUAUACUUGAUUUGCCGUCGUCAAAAGGUGCAGACGUGGCGAAGGAACUUGGACAGAAUGUGCUGUUCGCUCCAACAAAUGUCACAGCCGAUUCAGAGGUUCAAGCAGCUUUCGACCAAGUGAAAGACAAGUUCGGUCGAUGUGAUGCCGUGGUGAACUUGCGCCGCGUUAGCAAAAAGAAAAUGUGUGAACCGGAGAAGAUUCGAAAGACCAUUGAGGUGAAUGUCAUGGGAACAUUCAAUGUAAUACGCCAUGGAGUGGCAUUGAUGGGUGAAAACGCGAAAGACGAAGCUGGCCAACGCGGCGUAGUUGUGAGCACUGCAUCUGUUGCCGCUUUCGAUGGACAAACUGGCCAAUCAGCUUAUUCGGCAUCAAAAGGUGCGAUUGUCGGAAUGACCCUCCCACUUGCUAGAGAUUUUGCCGACGAUGGAAUUCGUUUUAUGGCUAUCGCACCCGGUCUUUUUGACACCCCACUGCUUUCUGGGCUUCCGGAAAAGGUUUGUGAUCUUAACUUCGAAUUAUCCAAUUUUUUACCUGUAGGUGAAAAACCUGGGAACUGCAAGUAA